GGCUAAAGUGGUCCCACUAUCACGCAUGGGAACAUGUCAGGAAUGGGUCAGAACCGAAGCAGCCGGUAUCAGGACAUAGAAAAGGGGCUGCAGUUCAUCCAGUCUACCCUGCCGUACCCAGGCACCCAAGAGCAAUAUGAGGUAUUCAUUCAGGAUCUGGUGAGGAAUUUGCUUGCGGAAGGGAACGAUGUAUUUCAUGAAGGCGAAUGGGCAAAAUCUGUCGAGCUCUACACUGAAGCCUUAAACGUAGCGGAGUAUGCAGAAUCAGAAGAAAUCAACAUAUCUACUCAAAUAAGGGAGAAGCUCCAUGCUAACCGUGCUGCAUCCUAUCUAAACAUUGGCCUGCAUGACCAAGCCUUGGAGGACUGUGAAAAUGCUCUUCAGAUUAAUAAAAACAAUUACAGAGCACUGUAUAGGAAAGCCAGGUGCCUGAAAGAGAUGGGGAAAUGCCAAGAAGCCUAUGAGGUUAUAGCCAAGUGCUCUAUGGUAGUGCCUCAGGAUGCCAGUGUGAUUGAGUUGACUCAGGAGCUUGCCAAAAUGUUGGGACUUAAAAUCCGUAAAGCCUACGUCAGAGGAAAGCCUGCCUUAAAUGUUGAGUCCGGCCCCAGUGUAGCAGGAGCAGCCAGUGAUAAGCCUCUUUCAAAUACUUCAUCUGUAGAAGACAUUGAAACAGAUGAGUCCCAGUAUCUGCAAAGUACUAGUAAUCCCACCCCAGUGAGCACCUCACAGUAUCCCCCUGCGAGUACGAAAGCAGAAGUAAAGCCUCAGCCUGUCCCUCUCAGUGCCAUGCCUUCUAAAACUCCUGAAUCCCGAAACCCUGAGCCCAUUCCACUGGUUAUGCCUCUUAUAAAUGGUUCCAGAGCCAGUGAGCCGUACACUGCACCGGACCCACAGCUGGACUUUGAUGGAGAGAUUUUAGGAGAUGACUUGGAUGAACUACUGGAUGAAGCAGCUCCAUCUGACACAGCCCUGGUAAUUCCUACAAUGACGGGUCCUCUUCCUUUACCAAGCAGUAUUGCUACUUCUAGUUCCAUGACUGCACCUCUUCACGGGCACCCCUUUUUGGGCCCUGCUAUGCACAUGGCACCACAAUGCACAGUGACUUUGCCCGCACCCUACCACAAGCCCAACCCAUCUGGUUACUCCUUUGCAAUGGACUCAUUUCCCUCACACCUGGAUUCGCUGGAUAGCUUGUCUAUUUCAGAGAGCUUACCAGAAAAACCACUCAGAACGGGUUUUGGUCAACACCCUUUCAUGAUGGGCAACAGUGAAAGACCCUUGCCCACUGUGCCACCUAUGGAAAUACCGUUUGGCAUACCAGACAGUGGCAUAUAUUCUCUGGAGGUUCCACAGUAUAUGGACUUAGGCAGAAAUCCUCUUGCUGAUAUGUAUGAGUUUAAAGCAGCCUGCAGUGUGUGUUUUUUAAAAACUGGGCCUGGGAUACAAGACUACACCUACCAUGAAGAAGAGCAUAAAUGUAAAAAGGAUUUGUUACUUGGAAGAAUCAAACAUUUUGACAAUACUACAUGGAAAUUAAUCCGACCAAGGCCAAAAAAUCAGUACUUGGGGUCUUAUUAUAUUUGUAAAGAUGUAUCCAGUGGAGAAGAAUGUAAGUACCUUGGUCACUGCACAUUUGCUUAUUGCCAAGAAGAAAUUGAUGUCUGGACCCAUGAGCGCAAGGGCUUCAUUUCCAGAGACCUGCUGUGUGAUCCGUAUGGGUCCAGAACAAAGCUAAACAUGACUGUUUCCAAAAUCCUACAGGAGCACCAAGGGAUUUUUAUGUUCCUCUGUGAGGUAUGCUUUGAUCACAAGCCCAGAAUGCUCAGCAAACCUGGUGUCUGCUCUCAUCCAGUAAAAUCGCAUGAGGCUGAUGAAAACAAGUGCCUGGUCCAUUUUUUAAAGGACAAUACCAUGAAGUUCUCCAAAAUCCGUUUAUACCACACACUGUGCCAGCUGGAUCUGUGUAGGCAUGCUGCCCGUUAUGGUUGCCAGCGAGAGGACUUCUGCUUUUAUGCCCACAGUCUUAUUGAGCUCAAAGUGUGGAUGAUGCAGCGUGAGCAAGGCAUUGCACAUGAAAGUAUUGUCCAGGAGGCAAAGAAGUACUGGAGUACCAAGAACAGCUCACAGGCACAAGAGCUCCCCGCUGUUUUAAAGAAGUUUGGACCUCCAAAUCUUAAAAUGCAGUUUGUGUGUGGGCAGUGUUGGAGGAAUGGCCAAGUCAGUGAACCUGACAAGAACAAGAAGUAUUGCAGCGCUAAAGCCAGGCAUGCCUGGCUUAAAGACAGGCAGGUGGUACUGAUCAGCUCAAUUGAACGAAGAAAGUGGAUAGCAGCUCGUCCUCUUCCAACAAGAAAGCCUGCACCUGCUCAGUUUGAGCUGUGCCUGCAUGUGGCUGCUGGCAAGAAGUGCCAGUAUAUCGGGAACUGUACUUUUGCCCACAGCUCAGAGGAAAAGGAUUUAUGGACAUUCAUGAAAGAUAACAAUAUUGCAGAUUUUGAGCAUCUUUAUGACCUGUGGCUUCAGUCUCAGAAGCCAGGCUCUAGUGAAGAUGGCCUCAGUGGUGCUGCUAAAGAAAAUGGGAAACCGAUUCACAUGCCCACAGAUUAUGCAGAGGAAGUGACUGGUAAUCACUGUUGGCUCUGUGGAAAGAACUGCAAUAGUGAGAAACAGUGGCAGCAGCAUAUCACAUCAGAAAAGCAUAAGGACCGCAUGUUCAACUCUGAAGACGAGCAGAACUGCUGGCAGUAUCGCUUCCCCACAGGAAAUUUCAAUGUCUGUGAGAGGUUCCUAAAGGGCACGUGCACCGAGGGGGAGCAGUGUAAGCUGGCGCACGGUGAGGAAGAGCUAGCAGAGUGGAUGGAGCGCAAAGAAUUUCUUUUGAGGAAACUUGACAAAGCCCGAAAUGAUCACUUGAUAGCACCAAACGAUGAUGACUUUGGCAAAUAUAAUUUUCUGCUUAAAGAGUUAAAGUAAUUUUAAUUAAUUCAGCAAUCUGUCUAAGGUGUAUGGAAACUAUAAUAUGUUGGGAAUAGAGUAUUAAAGCAGACAAGCUCGUUUGAGGCUGCCUGCUGUAAAAGAGGGAAACGGCCCCUCUUGCUUUCUCUGGUUGAUUUACCGCAAAGCACGAAGCUAGCAGUGUGUUCUGCUUCAUCACAGCUUUGUUGCUUUUAUCACAGAGAAUGAAUCACCAUUGCAUGUUAUGUCCCAGUUCUUGAAAUGAUGCUCAACAAUCAGAAUGUUAACAGUCUAGCUUGUUGUCAGACCAAAAUACAAUAAAAUAAACGCGUAUAAAGAUUAUAGGAGAGAAAUCUAUGACGUAACAGAGGCUCUGUAAGAUUAAGUAUGGGUUGUUUUCCCAUUUCAACAUUAGAGGCAUUAUUUCCACCUCCUACAUUUUGGAUCAUCUAAAUUUGUUUUACUUCUUGACUGUGUGUUUAUUUUAAAUGUCAUUAUCUAAAAGCUGGAUUGAGGCUGAUAAUAUGUGGUCAGGAAAUUGCACAAAAUAAAAUACCAACGAUUGUUUAGUUGUUUUCUUCCCACCGUUUUAUUUUACCACUGUCCCGGACCUACAGGACACAAUGCCAGUGAUUUUGUAUACCAGGGAAAUAUUUCUAUAAUAGAAAAAAUAAGUAAUGCAUGAGAAUCUGUUUUAUUCCCAAAUACGUCUUUGCAGAUUUCUAUUUAACUUGAGUGUUUAAAGAGAAAAGUGCCAAUAAUAUGAUUUGUAUUAUUGAAAGGUCUGUGACAGAAUUAUGGAUGGCAGUUAAAAGAACCAUGGAACUGAACUUUCUUUCUACUCUUUCUUUAUUUUUUAACCACUGGUAUAAAUGCUCGCCUGUGGGAUUGUUAAAGUGGGUUAAUGUAACUUGUGGGUAUAUGUUUACUUGUUGAAUAAAGCAUAUUUUACCUACAUGUUAAACUGUAAUUAUUUUAAGGUCAUGUCAAACUGCUUUCUUGACUCUCCUAAUGAUUGUCAUCCUGCUAUAGAUGUAAAUGACUUGAAUGUUUUUCAUGCAAUUACAUGUAAUUAAUUGCAUGUCUGAGUGUUAUCUCGCCAUUUCCAGUCCAUGCUUAUUUGCUCAAAUUAACAGUGUUUAAAUGUGCCAGAUGUUCAUUUUCAGAUUAAAAUACUUGGUGUUGGUUCUGUCUAAUCUUAAUGCUGAUGUCUGUUUUAAUUACAGCUUUUUUUUAGCUGCUCAUAUUUGCUAAACCAUACGUACAACCCCAGGUCAGAAAAAGUAAAACAG